AUGGCGACACAGAGCGUGAGGCAGCGGCCCAGGGAGGAGAGCGGCGGCGCCGCCGCCGCUGCUCCGGCGAGGAGCGAGAGGGAGAAGAAGGUGCUGAUGGCGAAGAAGGGGCUGAAGACGCUGGGGGUGGCGGUGGCGGCGCCAAUGGUGCUCACGCUGGGGGCGUUGUUUCUGCACGGCGGCGGCGGCGGUGCUCCGGCGGGGGCGAGGUGGAGGCCGCCAGUGUGGGCGUUCCGGAUGGGGUCGCUCUCCUCCGCGUUCCUGAUGGGGCUGGCGGCGUGGCUGGUGUGGGCGGAGGGGGGGUUCCGCCGGCAGCCAGCGGCGCCGCCGCUGUACGUGGCGGAGCUUCUGCUGAGCCUAGCGUGGGGGCCGCUGGUUUUGAGGGCGGGGGCGGUGAGGACUGGGAUGGCAGUGUGCGCCGCCCUCUUGGCAGCGCUGCUCGGCUGCUCCCGAGCCUUCCGGCGCUGCAACCCCAUCGCCGGCGACCUCGUCAAGCCCUGCCUGGCCUGGGCCUGCUUCCUCGCCAUCUUCAAUUAUAAGCUUCUCUGA